AUGGAAUCUCUAGCAUUGUCAUUUCUCCACAUUACAUUGUUUCUUUUCACCAUAAUCUCCCUUAACAGUUUUUCAUCUUAUGCUUCUCAACUCACUUACACAGAUCACUGUGCUUCCAUGGUUCCAAACUCAAACCCCAAUGAGUCCAAGUUCAAAGACUUCCCACAUGGUAGAUUCCAAGUUGGUUACUACCUUGGUGGUGACAAAAUUGUUGGUGCUGACACCUUCCAGAAACUGAGACAGAAACAAGUUACCCUUCGAAUCAAGAGUGUGUAUGAAACUGAUGUCUUUGGCAUACACAAAGUUGGAGCUACCUUGUUAGUAACAACUGCCAGUUCCUAUUACCGUGUGGGAAACUUCACACGUGGCAAAAGAUUAAAGAACCGCAAGCGUUUUCCAAGUUCAAUAAUGUUUAGUCUUGAUGGGUUUUGGUCAGAAUAUUCAGGCAAGAUUUGCAUGGUUGGAACAGGAAGUGGCUAUAACAUGCAACUUUUGGAGGUUGUUCUCAAGCUUUACAAUGUCGUCAAUUCGAGUAAUACUAUUUCUACCUUGGCUAUUGGAAGCUUGGAGAGCUUGAGUUCUAAGAAUGAGGUGAGUUAUUUUGAACCCAUUUCUCUGUUUAUUUUUCCUAGAGUGGAUUAUGAAUAUAGUUUGGAUACUAUAGAAGCAAAAACUGAGUUCUCUAAUGAAGGUGAAGUAGUACCGGGUUUAUCCAUUAAUCCGGUUAGUUUUUGUGCAAACAUUUUUCCAAUGAUUAAUGGUAAAUAUGAUUUGCAAUACCAAAGUGAAUGCAAUUCUGCAAAGUAUUGCAGUCCUGUUAAUGGUAAAUAUGAUUUCCAAUUGCCUUAUAUUGUGUCUUUGAAAGAAUUGGUUUGUUUAGAUGUUAAGCAAAGGGUGAGAGUAUUGAUUGGAUUUCGCAAUAGUGGUGAUAGAUGGUCUUUCAAUCCUAAUACUACAUUAGUUGGAGAAGGGUGGUGGGAUGAGGAAAAGAACCAAUUGUCUAUAGUUGGUUGCCAUUUCUUGGGAAUGGAAAAAUCAAUGACUAGUGUUUAUGUGGGUGAUUGCUCAACAAGAAUGAUCUUGAGGUUUCCAAAGAUUUGGUCAAUCAAAGAUGCAAGUAGCAUUGUGGGCCAAAUUUGGAGCAACAAAACUGUAGGGGAUUCAGGUUAUUUCAAGAGAAUGGUUUUAAGAAAAUUUGAGGACCAAAGAGUUCAAAUUUCUGGCACAAAGUAUGAGUAUAGCCAGCUUGACAAAGUGAGAAAGGUGUCCCCAAGACACGAACAGUUGAAGAACAAGGGAAUAAGGUACCCUGAUGUUUAUUCUUCUGACAUGAGAUUUGACAUCUCAGUUAGAAUCUCUAAGAGGAGAGUUGCAUGGGGUUAUUCUGUUCCAUUGGUUGUUAAUGAUCAGAUCCAACAGUUGAACUUAGAAGAAACCUUUCCUUCUAAUUCCAGCAACACACUCCCAUCCAUUUCUCCAAACUCUAGCAGCACUGGCUUGUACAAUGUUAGCUACAAAAUCAACAUCAAGCUACUACCUAAUGUCAAGUUAGGUGAAGAGAAGUCUAUGUUAAACACAACAACAAAUGUAACUGAGCCAGUGAAUGUUUCAGCUGAGGGAAUUUAUGAUGCUGAAGCUGGAAUCUUAUGUAUGGUAGGUUGCAGAAACCUUGGCUCAAAGAACCAAAUUCCAUCAUCAAAUUCUCUGGAUUGUGAGGUUAUAGUCAAGUUUCAGUUCCCCCCGCUUGAUGCAAAGAACAAUGGAGGUUACAUUAAAGGAAGUAUUGAAAGCGUGCGCAAAAAUUCAGACCCUCUUUACUUCAAACAGUUGGAUGUGAUUUCAGCUGCAUUUUACACAGCAGAAGCAUCACAAAUAUCGAAGAAAGUAGAUAUGGAGGUCAUAAUGAUUCUGCUUUGCACCACACUAGCAUGUGUUUUUGUGGGUUUGCAACUCUACCAUGUGAAAAGAAAUCCUGACAUGCUUCCCUUAAUCUCCUUUGUCAUGUCAUUGAUUUUGACUUUGGGAAAUAUGGUACCUCUUGUUCUGAAUUUUGAAUCCCUUUUUGCACAAAAUCAUGACAAGAAAAGAAUUUUGCUUGGAAGUGAAUGGCUUGAAGUGAAUGAAAUUGCUGUAAGGCUAAUUGUAAUGGUGGCUUUCUUGUUGCAAUUCCGUCUCUUGCAGCUAACUUGGUCAGCAAGAAAGGUUUAUACAAAACAAAAGGACCUUUGGAUUGCUGAGAAGAAGGUUUUGUACGUGAUUUUAACCCUAUAUGCAGCAGGUUUCUUGAUUGCAUUGCUUGUACACCAAAGCAAUACCUUGCAGGGUGAUGUGGUGUAUUCAUCUAGCCUUUCACAACAACACUCACUUUGGGAGGACUUGAAAUCUUUUUCAGGUUUGGUGCUAGAUGGCUUUCUCUUGCCUCAAAUUUUGCUUAAUUUGUUCAUGAAUUCCAAAGGGAAUGCUCUUUCUUGUUCAUUUUACUUUGGAAUCAGUUUGGUCAGACUAAUUCCUCAUGCAUAUGAUCUCUUUGAGGCUCUUGUAUAUGUUGAUGGUUCAUCCUUAUAUGAGGAUGAGAUUGCAGACUAUUACUCCACUGCUUGGGAUAUAAUCAUUCCUUUGGUAAGCCUGAUGUUUGCUGCAAUUAUCCAUUUGCAACAACAGUUUGGCGGUUGCAGCAUUCUUUCUUGGAGAAUCAAUACCAAGGGUGUAGAAGAAUAUAAAAAAGUGCCUGUGGUAACUGAAGCAUAG